AUGAAACGAACAAAACAAGACAAUCCUAGUAGUAGUUUUGAUGAUCAUCAUCAUGAUGAAAAGAAAAAAUUGAAAUUCAGUCGUCUAGAUCUGUCUCCUCACCAUCAUGAAUGGAAUAAUGGAGAAUCAGUGGUGAAAAUUGAACUCAUUGAUUUUAGUCAUCAUUUACAUCAUCCACAAUCGGAGACUUAUCAUUUACUUUAUAGAAAAUUUGAAAAUCAAAGAAAGGGUUUUUUAAAGUGGUUUCAUCAUAAAUUAGAAUUUAUGACUCGAGUUCGUAACCGAUUAUGUGAUUAUUUACCCAUCGAGUUUAUAUAUGAUCGGGAUGUGAUUCUCAACACUGGAAUUUAUCAUUAUUCAUUAUUUUACUAUUUACUGGAAAUUACAGACAAGGCUCUAAUGCUUGAGAUGGUUCAAAAGAAAGGCACAUCUUUGGUCUGUGCUUCAAGUGCAUUGAGAAAUGAUCGGGAUGUAGUUCUGAAAGCUGUGCAGAACGAUAUUAAUGCUUUGAGAUUUGCUUCGGAAGACUUACAAAACGAUCAUGAAGUUGUGUUUCAAGCAUUUAGAAUGAAUGCAGAAAAAGAGUUUUUUAUUGGACCCAAGUGGAAUCCAUACCGAUUGAUACAAGACAAGGAAUUUAUCUUGUCGAUUGUGCGUUUUAGUACCAAAAUUCUUGCAGAACCUGCUUUUGAUCAUUUGGUGCAGGACUUUCAUUUCAUGUUGGAGGCAUUGAAGGUGAAUGUUCAUUCAUUAGCAUAUGCUGAUGAUUUUUCAUUACGAGCAAGCAAAGAAUUUAUGAGAGAAGCAGUGAAAAUCAACGGAGAUGCACUUGAAUUUGCGUCACAUGAUUGUCAAAAAGAUCCUGAAAUACUUUCAAUAGCACAAAAUAACCUCACAUAUUCACUGCAAUUUGCUACUCUAGAACAACGAAGCGACAGGCAAUAUGUGUUACGUUCACUAAGACAUGCUUUCUAUUCUACAGAUGUACAAUAUGCCUCUGACGAGCUAAGGAGUGAUGCCAAUAUAAUUUUAGAAGCCAUGAGAAUUUGGAAAAGUGCAGAUCCAUAUUUUGUUGCUUCAGAGAAACUGAGAAGUGACAAAUUAUUGGGCUUGACUGCACUUUCGUAUUCAUCUGAAGUCUAUCAUAUCAUGUCAGAAGAUCUUCAGAAAGAUAAGGAAAUUAUUAUUGCUGCAAUUAAGAACGAAGAACAUGCUUCGUAUAUUCUCGAAACAAAGCAUGCCAUUGAAUACCGUAAUGAUCCUGAUGUCAUGCGCGCUGUAGUUGAAAACAUGAACCCAAAAUUUGGACAUUGUGAUUUGACAGAAUAUCCAGAAAUGAUCAAAAUACAAGAUGCAAAUGUAAUUGUUCAAAAAGUGCGUGCAGCAUGUCAACUUUUUUCUGAACCUUCAGAGUUAUUGACAAAUGUGUUAAGAUUUUUACCUGAUCCACCUCCUCCAUCAUGUCAAGAUGAAACAUUUUGGUUACAAUUAAUUUCCAUGAGGUCCUUUUUCAUUCUAUUUGUUCCAAAACAUUUAAUUACUAAGGAAUUUAUUGUUAAGGCACUGAAACAAAACGGAGCUUGCUUGUCACAACAACCAGUGGAGAAGUUUGCGGAAUGUGAUGUGUCACUGAAAGAUGUCGCCUUAAGAGACAGUGGUUUUUAUGAAGAUUCUAUCUCAAAGCAAGAGAGCAACAUCUUCAAUGCACGAAUUGAUGGGUUUUAUUACGGGGCAAAGGUUACAACAAAUGCACCCUUGUGUUGGAGAUUCUUGAGUUCUGUCGAAAAUUUGUUUGCUUUUUAUGACGAGUUUUAA